AGGAGAGAAUUGCACGCACGCGCUCAGCUGCAGCAGCCUGUAGCAUAGCAGCGGCGGUGUAAAUAGCCUUUCUACAAACUCCUGUGUUUCACGUAUCAUCUGUUGCAGUGUAUCCACAAUGUCUAAUAGGUCUUUCUCUCUAUGAGUCUUCUACGAUCUUGGAAAGAACAGAAAACAGCUGGGCGCCGUCUGUAACCAAUGGUGCCUGCAGCAUCGUUGUCCGACCGGUUGGUGUCCGAUGCCAGAGAAACUGUAUCAGAUGCAGUUCUCACGAUAUGAGUCGUCCAAUAUGAUACUUUUGUUGCUGUUGCUUCUGUGCAUCAUCAUUUGCCAGGCAGCAGGAGAGUACGCUGUCUUGACUGCAGAAGAUGACUCGGGCAUCCAUGAAUUCUGCACCAUAUACUACCCGGAGUUCAAACAGAUACCUUACGUUCCCAGCGCUUUGGACUAUAUACCACUAGUUAACGUUACAGCUAAUGAUGCAUGUAAAAGGACGUCCUCUGUCAAUCUGAGCGGCAAACUGUUGCUAGUACGGCAAGGAAGCAACUGCACGUACGACACCGUUGUGAGCAACUUCAAAGCUGAACAUCCAGCUGGAAUACUCAUUUCAACACCACGAGCGAAAGUAGCCAAUCUCGAGUUUGACACGUCAACGAUACAAGGUUCUAACAUGAUUGUAGGAUUCAUCUCGGAAACUUCCGUCGAAGCCUUGGUGGCGCUCAUCAAGCCAAAUAGCAAUACUAUGGCCAAGAUGUCUACACAGGAAGGUCUGGAAUUCGACCUCAGCCUGGUCAUCAUCUGGUGUCUGGCUGUCUUUACCGUAGCUGUCGGGUCCUACUGGUCGGGAAUUGUCAAACUCGAACUUUACCAGCACGAAAUUGGCAAGUGUACAAAUCCCGCUCACAUGGUACCAGUAGUAGUCGCCUCCAAAGAAGCACCACCACCACCCGCAAACGAACGACAGGAUAAGCCAGACGAGGAAGAGAGUGCAAUGGAUGUGACCCCUGGAUCCAUUGUGCUGUUUGUCAUUACCAUGGGAGGAAUGCUUAUGAUGCUGUACUUCUUCUUCCAGUAUCUUGUGUACUUCAUUAUCGUCAUGUUCGCACUCGCGUCAGUGGUCUCUGUCAUCGGAGUCUUGGAACCAGUGAUUUACAUGAUACCUAUUGGCACCUCACCACUCCCAAAUGGCAUUUGUCCAUGCUUCUACGGACCGCUGGAAGUAAGACAAGGAGUGCUCAUUGCGUUUGCAGUUUUAGUUUCGGGAACGUGGGUCGUGUUUCGACACCAUCCUCUCGCUUGGGUCCUUCAGGAUAUGCUUGGUGUCGCCUUUAGCAUCAACAUGCUGAAAACACUCCGUCUGCCCAGCUUCAUGAUCAUAACUGUUCUGCUGACAAUGCUGUUCUUCUAUGACAUUUUCUUCGUCUUCGUUACUCCUUACCUUACGGUGAAAGGCGAAAGCAUCAUGGUAGAAGUGGCCAAAGGGUCUGGAUCUCCGGAGAAGCUACCAGUUGUUCUGAAGGUACCUCACCUUAACAACCAGGCCAUCUCUGUGUGUCUUGGAAAGUUUUCUCUUCUUGGAUACGGAGACAUGCUUGUACCUGGUCUCCUGGUUUCCUACUGCCAUGGAUUUGACCUAAUUUUCGCUCAAGGGUAUUGCUACUACGCAAUUUCCAUAUUCUCUUAUGGCAUGGGCCUGGUAGCAACGUUCGGUGGUCUUUACAUCAUGAAGAUGGCACAACCUGCAUUGCUCUACUUGGUGCCCGCUACAGUAGUUCCUAUCCUGUGCUUGGCAUGGUACAGAGGUCAUCUCGGUGAACUGUGGCAUGGGCACACGCCGUCCGACGUUAGCGGAAGCAACAGCGAUACCCCACCGGGCAGUGAGCCAGACGACCGCAAAUCUCCGAAGCGCAAAUCGAGCGGGCCAAAGGAUAGAUACCCGAAGCAACCUCAGUUCGUUGGGGACCCGCGCCAAAUACCAGCCUUCCACCAGGCACAAAAUAUGAGACCCCAGUACGCAAAUCCCGCAUACGAAGCUCCAAUGUAUGCCAUGCAUCCAGUUCCGCCACCGCCACCCCCGCAGUGGGGAAAUCAACGUUGGAAUAGAAUACCACACGGCGAACAGAAGGCAGUUUAUACUGCCAGCGUCAUACCGCUGCACGAAGAUGACGAAGCUUAUCAACCAAUGCUACGCGGCCACAAAAAAUCGAUACCGGAUUACGACAGAUUAUUUCUAGGGGACGAAGAAAAGAUGCAAGACAUUGGCCUGCGUGAGAGCCAGGAAAGGCAUCGAACUGAAAGAAGCUUCUCCCCGUCAGGGGACCGAGGAGAGGCACUUGUAGUUAUUAAGGAGAGCACUGUCAAGCGGAGAACCGCACACGAACCUCUCAUCGAAGGUAGUGUGGAGCGCGAACGAAACGAUGAACUGCUUAUCGUCGAAACCACUUAAGGACAUCAUUGGGUCUUUUGCUUCGGACAGGAAAAACAGCUAUAGUCCCGAUAGCCUCGUUUGAAUCAGUGAAAUACAGUUGUUGCAUGCAUAUGUUUGUACCAUUAUGCGGGUGCAACACACCGUAAAGCUAACUAUAACGGAAGAUCAUAAUAGAAUGCUAUUAAAGAGCAGCACUGUUCGACCUGUG